AGUGAUGGGAGGGAGCGACGUGGCAGGGACAGGGGCAUAAACUGAAAUGAGUGACAGAAACUCUAGCCAAUCGGCGAUCACAUUGGCCGGGCACGGCGUGAUCUCCCGUCCGCCCUGAGCGCUGGAAACUAAAGAAAAACACCAAUGAACUUCUAGAUGCGUCUGAUUGGCCUCUUCCAAAACCAAUCAACGGAGGUUCUGGCAGACGCGUCCCACCCUGGGUUCUCACUGGGCGUUGUAGAAUGACAGGUCCGAGGGAAAUACCUAUGUCUGCAGGGUGUUCCUCAAGUGACACUCAGCGGCACCAAUCGACUUUCUCUUUCCCGGCGGCCGAGUCCUCCUUCCCGCGGCGGGCCUGGCGGGGCGGGGACGCUCGGCGGCGGCGGCUGAUGCGCUAGCGGUGUGGGGCGCUCUGAGCGGCGACGGCGGCACUCGUAGGCGGUUCCGGUCCUGUAUCUCCCGGCGGCAGCGGCGGCUCAUGGCGGCGACGGAACUGAGAGGAGUGGUGGGGCCGGGCCCGGCAGCCAUUGCAGCUCCUGGCGGCGGCGGCGCCGGUCCCCCCUUGGUGGGAGGAGGCGGCGGCCGUGGAGACGCAGGGCCAGGCUCUGGGGCUGCGUCAGGGACCGUGGUCGCGGCAGCUGCGGGCGGCCCGGGCCCCGGGGCCGGGGGAGUGGCGGCGGCGGGCCCAACCCCUACGCCGCCGGCGGGGGGCUCGGGCGGCUCCGGCGCUGGGGGUUCAGGCUCAGCUCGGGAGGGCUGGCUCUUCAAAUGGACCAAUUAUAUCAAAGGCUACCAGCGGCGGUGGUUCGUGCUGAGCAACGGGCUCUUGAGCUACUACAGGUCCAAGGCUGAAAUGAGACAUACCUGCCGUGGUACCAUCAACCUUGCCACAGCCAAUAUCACUGUGGAAGACUCCUGCAACUUUAUCAUUUCCAAUGGGGGUGCUCAGACUUACCAUCUGAAGGCUAGCUCAGAAGUGGAACGUCAGCGAUGGGUUACAGCCUUGGAACUGGCCAAGGCCAAAGCAGUGAAGAUGCUGGCAGAAUCAGAUGAAUCAGGAGAUGAAGAGUCUGUGUCACAAACCGACAAGACUGAGCUGCAGAAUACACUUCGGACCCUCUCCAGCAAAGUGGAGGACCUGAGCACGUGCAAUGACUUGAUAGCUAAGCACGGCACAGCUCUGCAGCGCUCUCUCAGUGAGCUGGAGUCCCUAAAGCUGCCUGCCGAGAGCAAUGAGAAGAUCAAGCAGGUCAACGAACGAGCCACGCUUUUUAGGAUAACAUCCAAUGCCAUGAUCAAUGCCUGCAGAGAUUUCCUCAUGUUAGCCCAGACUCAUAGUAAAAAGUGGCAAAAAUCACUACAGUAUGAAAGAGACCAGCGUAUCCGACUGGAAGAGACCCUUGAGCAGCUGGCAAAGCAGCAUAAUCACCUGGAGAGGGCUUUCCGGGGAGCCACAGUGCUGCCGGCAAACACUCCUGGCAGCGCUGGUUCUGGUAAAGAUCAGUGCUGCUCUGGCAAAGGGGACAUGAGUGAUGAAGAUGAUGAGAAUGAAUUUUUUGAUGCACCUGAAAUCAUCACCAUGCCUGAAAAUUUGGGCCACAAACGUACUGGCAGCAAUAUCAGUGGAGCCAGCAGUGACAUCAGCCUUGAUGAACAGUACAAGCAUCAGCUGGAGGAGACCAAGAAGGAAAAGAGAACCAGAAUACCAUAUAAGCCAAAUUAUAGCCUCAAUUUGUGGAGCAUCAUGAAGAACUGCAUUGGAAAGGAACUCUCUAAGAUCCCCAUGCCGGUGAACUUUAAUGAGCCCUUGUCCAUGCUUCAGCGCCUUACUGAAGAUCUGGAAUACCAUGAGCUAUUAGACCGAGCUGCAAAAUGUGAGAAUUCUCUAGAACAGCUAUGUUAUGUUGCAGCUUUCACCGUGUCCUCCUAUUCCACCACUGUCUUCCGUACCAGUAAGCCAUUCAACCCACUCCUUGGGGAGACCUUCGAGCUGGACCGACUAGAGGAGAAUGGAUAUCGAUCCCUCUGUGAACAGGUGAGUCAUCAUCCCCCUGCUGCUGCGCAUCAUGCUGAGUCCAAAAAUGGCUGGACAUUGCGUCAGGAAAUCAAGAUCACUAGCAAGUUUCGAGGCAAAUACCUCUCAAUUAUGCCCCUCGGUACCAUCCACUGUAUUUUCCAUGCAACCGGGCAUCACUAUACGUGGAAAAAAGUUACCACAACUGUACACAAUAUUAUCGUAGGCAAGUUAUGGAUAGAUCAGUCUGGCGAAAUUGAAAUUGUGAAUCACAAGACAGGAGAAAAGUGUAAUCUUAAAUUCGUUCCUUACAGCUACUUCUCUCGGGAUGUUGCAAGAAAGGUAACAGGAGAAGUAACUGAUCCAUCAGGAAAAGUUCACUUUGCCCUUCUGGGGACAUGGGAUGAGAAAAUGGAAUGUUUCAAAGUACAACCAAUCAUUGGGGACAAUGGGAGCGAUGCUCGACAGAGAGGCCAUGAAGCAGAGGAAAGCAGGGUCAUGCUAUGGAAAAGGAAUCCUUUACCGAAGAAUGCAGAAAACAUGUACUACUUCUCAGAGCUUGCUCUAACUCUCAAUGCCUGGGAAAGCGGCACUGCCCCCACAGACAGCCGGUUACGGCCUGAUCAGAGACUGAUGGAAAAUGGGCGCUGGGAUGAAGCAAAUGCUGAGAAGCAGCGCCUGGAGGAAAAACAAAGACUCUCCAGGAAGAAGAGAGAAGCAGAAGCUAUGAAAGCCACAGAGGAUGGCACACCAUAUGAUCCCUAUAAGGCACUAUGGUUUGAGCGGAAGAUGGACCCCGUUACCAAGGAGUUAACCCAUAUUUAUAGGGGAGAGUACUGGGAGUGUAAAGAAAAACAGGACUGGAGCUCAUGCCCGGACAUUUUCUGAAACGGCAAUAACAAAGAGGAGGAGGAUCUAACGGAGAAGAGGACAGAGGAUGUGUGGGAAAGCUGGCAGUUGUGACUCUCUUACCAAGUGCUUUCCUCAAGUUUGUCUGUCUUGACCAAUCAUUUUUUCCAAAUCAAUCACCAGAAGCAGACACCAGUGGUGGUGAUUGGCUGGUUGCCUUAGCUGAUUGUAACUGAGAUCGACAUCCUAGAUACCCGUGUAAGGGAGAGGUGUAGUGGCUGAAAGUGUUAUUCCAUAUCCACAAAGUCAAGUACUCUUGGCUCUUCUUUCUCCCUCUAUCCUCGGUUAAGAUGUUGUCAUUCACCCUCCCCUUGUAGUAUCCUGCUCAGCCAAGAUGUGCACAAGAUUAUGAUUUAGGGGCAUUUUGGUGCUGUUCAGAGCAAGAGCUGAUAUUAGAAGAAGUUCCUUUUAAAAGAAAAAUUUAUGACUUAACCAGUGGAGGGAUCGUGAAUGGUUGCAGUGGAGCUUAGGUAUGACAUUAUGAAUAUGUUCACACAUGGGUCAGUUUCAUGGGAAGUCAUGUCUAUGCAGAGAUAACUGAAAUACUGGAACUUUUACAAGAGAGAUUGCUCUGUAGGGCUGGAAUUUUCUGUUUUCACUUACGUCAAAUACCCCUCUGCUGUUCUCCAUCUUCUUUGACAGCAACUAGAGACCAUUUUGGUGGUUGGUAAGAGGGUUGCAUUCUCCUCACACAGGGGUUUUAUGGACUUUCUCAGGCAUAGAGCUUCUGAGAUCACAGACAGGAUGGAAAAUUGACUGCUCACCAUUUGUUAUCCCACUCCCCCCUCUCCCCCAUCCCUCAUUGUCUUUCUGGCUUCUCUUCUCUGUCCGGGCACAAUACCAAUUUGGGUCUGUGCCCUAGGGUAGAGCAAAACAUUACCUGUCCCAUUCUGAUAUAGUUCAGAAUUUGAGAGAAGUUAAUCUGGAAUGGAAGUUUUCACCAUCUCUCAAGCCCCAUGGACUGGAGCCACUUCUGGAAUAAUGUGUUAAAUAUCUGUAUAUUAUAUAUAUGUAGAGAAAAAUCUAAUUUUUUUUUUUGUUUGAUUUUCCUCUUUCUCAUUAAGAAUCUUUUUUUUUUUUUUUUUUGAUACCCCUUGUCUCCCUGGUACUCUCUCUAGGAUACAUGUUGAUAUGGAUUCCAGCUCCUCUGUUUUCCAUCUGUUAGGGGUGGACAAACUCAAAACCUGAGCAGGGUCACAUCUGGCAGUAACAUCCCACAGAACGGGGACUGUGUCUGUGGUUUAAAUCAUGGGGUGCCCACUGCUGACUAAACUCCGCUCUCCUAAUUACCUGACUCUUGAACAUGAAAUCCUAACCUCUUUGCUGCCUCUUUUCUUUCAUCUGUUAGGAAGAGUAUGGGUACAAAGUCAGGAGGGUAAUUUGCAGGUUAAUUCUGCUUCUGUCCAGCACUUACUUAGGCUGAAUUCCAAAAGAGUUUAUUUCCUAGGAUACGAAGCUGAACCUUCCAUCAUGUGGGGUGGGUAAGAGAACUGCCUGUGUUGGGCCUGGCUUCCUCGUUUAUCCGUCUGUAUUUGUUUCAGUGGUCUUGUUCAGAAACACAGCCCCUGUGCAUCCCACCCUUGGUUGAAGAUCACAAACUGAGGUGCCUUCCUUGUAUGCUUUUUGUUGGUGUUUUUUGUUUUUGUUCCUUAACUGCUGAGCUUCAGCCAGGGUGGGUCCCGGGGGAAAUAUCAUUCCAAAGGAAGCCAUCCCUUCAGGUAAAUUGGACUUAAACUGGGUAAAUUAGUAUUUUCAUUCCCUCCCCACCAUUCCUUUUCUAGCUGUAAUAAACAUGAGAGAGGGAUGACUUUGACUGCUGGAGAAUCUCCUUUUAAGAACCCUAUUGCCAGGGCUCUGUCAAGGAGGCCCAUCCAAGUGGUGACCUCAGCUUCAAAGUGGGAAUUCUCCAACUAAGUUGAACUUCCCUGCCUUCACCCCGUUUUCUUCCUCCACCAUCAGCACUACAUUUCUAGCUUGACCCCCAGUCAGAUUCCUGCUAACGGAAGCAGUUUAGAGUCCUUCAGGUGGAAUAAAGUCACAUGAAAACAAAA